AUGGCUCCAGGAUAUCCCUUGGUCGCCGAGGAGACGCCAGUGUCUGAUCUGUCAGCCUGGCGUCGAGAUCGCAUCAUCAACCAGCUCCAGGAGCUGGUUGGUGUCCCUGGCGAGGUUGUUCUCGCGUACUUUAAGGGGGCCCCCGGCCAUGUCGCUGACAUGUUUGUUGAAGCUGGCGAAGAGUCGACCCUCUCGGCCGACUAUUUUGAUUGGGCCGUCGACAGAUUCGUUUGGGGGGGUUUUGGACUAAAGUUUGGCAACGUUCCCGAGUUUCCGUACCCGGAGCCCGAAAAGUAUGGUGAGCCAUACCCCAAGGUUUACCUGAUCCACUGGGUCAAGAACAACACCAAGAAGAUCCUGGACCAGGAGAAGGAGCAGAAUGCCAUUGUCCGCCCAGGCGGAGUGGAUGACUUUCUAGAUGUUCGAAUGCAGAUCUGGCAAAAGGCAUUCCCGGAAAGUCCCGUCGAGAAGCCAUUCUGGCUCUCGAUGCCAAGGGCCUCGUUUUGCAACCACGUUGCUCAAAACACCAAGGACCUUGAAGAGGUCAUGGCCAAGAUGGCCAAGAUCUUGUCGGCCAAGGAGUUUGUGCUGAUUGCGCGCGUGGGUGCAGAGGGCACCCUCACCCUGACCUUUGCAAAAGGUGUGGACACGGACGACAGUGGCGUCCGGUUACGGUUCAUGCAGGCAUGGUCUGAUCUGUGCAUGUGGCACAGAGAUGUUCUUCAGGAAAAGGGCGUCAAGAUUCACGAUUUCUUUGACCGCCUGUACUUUAAUUGUUUCAUGGGGAACUUUGCCGACUUGCCGGCACUGAAUGUCAGUGCAUCCCAGCAAGCCGCCAGGGCCAUCAGGUUGGCCAAUGUUGGAGAGGCCAACAAUGAGCUCCAUGGUCCAGAGUUCAUUGAGACGAUUAACCGGUUUCAGGCAUCCGGUGCUAGAUCGUUGGCUCUCAUGGAGAGCAAGCAUGUCAUGGAGCGACUCUCCGGGACUGUCCCGGAGCAGUUCAAUCAUGUCAUGUGCUUUAUCAACGACACUCGUUUCUCCUGCCUGUCAAAGCAGGAGCUUGCCACGUUUGUCUGGGGCCCAAUCAUUCAAUAUGCUCGCGAGUCGAUUGGCUACCAUCUCGAGCAUGUAUUUGUGGCCCCUGACAAGACUGGCAUGACUCCCCAGCAGCAGCUGGAAGUGGCCUACGCGUUCCUCGGUCGCUUGGUCAAGGGUGAAGACGUGUUCCUGGAGCACGACCUCGCCAUUCUCUUGGACAAUCACACUCGCCUAGAGUUGUGCGAGAAGGCCUUUAUGGACAAGGGCCCAUACGUCCGCUUGGGUCAGAGAACCCUCAAGGAAUGUGUUCCCGACUUGAAGGAAACCACUACGGCCUGGGUCAAGAGCCUCCGGGAACAGCUGGGUUCCCAAGGUGAGAAUCCCAUUCCAGAGAUGGAAUCUCUGGCAUUUAAGUAG